ACGGUGAAGUUCGGUUGCACGCGCACAAGGGCUUGGUCCUGGUGUUGCGCGAUCGCCGGUUCCAGUUGACGCGCACGCGGGCAGACAGUUACCCCCUGCGCAUGCUGAGCACGAGCCUCUGACCCGCGAUGGUAAACCUGCCCCGGGCUCCUGUAGCUGGGGAAGAUGUCAGAGGUCACCAAGACCGUGCAGAAAUGGCAUGCCAGCUUCAAAAGGGGCACGGAUUUUGACUCGUGGGGGCAGUUGGUGGAGGCAGUUGAUGAGUACCAUAUACUUGCACGGCAGCUGCAGAAGGAGGUCCAGUCAUCAAAGUCUCCAGAUUUCACUGAUGAACAAAAGAAAACCCUGGGAAAAAUUGCAGCAUGCCUUGAAAUGCGAAGUGCAUCCUUACAGAGCGCACAGUGCCAAGAGGAGUUUACCUUACAGGAUCUAAAGAAACUGGAACCCAUCAUCAAAAAUAUCCUGACUUACAACAAAGAUUUCCCCUUCAGUGUCCAACCAGUGCCUUCAAGAAAAAUCUUUGCACCAGGAGAGGAGGAAAACCUCGAUGUGGAAGAGGAGCUGGACACGGCCACGGGGACGGGCUUAGUACAGUCCUUCCCCACAAGGCUUCCAGGUACGUUAUUACCCCAGCUUCCCUCGGAGCCAGGGAUGACGCUGCUCACUCUGAAAAUUGAGAAGAUCGGUUUAAAAGACGCAGGGCAAUGCAUCGAACCCUACAUUACCAUCAGUGUCCGAGACUUGGAUGGUGUUGAUUUGAACCCUGUUCAGGACACUCCAGUGUCGACACAUAAAGAAGACACAUACAUUCAUUUCGGCGUCGAUGUGGAAAUCCAGAAACAUCUCGAGAAGCUACCAAAAGGUGCUGCUAUUUUCUUCGAAUUCAAACACUACAAGCCCAAGAAGAAGUUCACCAGUACCAAAUGUUUCGCCUUCAUGGAGAUGGAUGAAAUCAAACCUGGCCCCAUUCUGAUCGAGCUGUACAAGAAGCCGACCGAUUUCAAGAGGAAGAAACUCAACCUCCUUACGAAGAAGCCGCUCUACCUUCACCUCCAUCAAACUCUACACAAAGACUGAGGGACACGUGGACCAGCACAAAACUGACCAUUAGGAACAGCACUUUGUCUCACCUGCCAGCCUUUUAGGUUAUUAAAGUUGGGUACAUUUUAUGCCGUUAAUUAAAAAACAAACAGACAUAACCACAUAGCCAUAUUGCCUGAACGUGUCCAAGUGUUUAGAAGGAUAAACAACCAUGAGUACAUCAUCCUUGGUCCUUCAAAGUCAGCACUGAUCAAGGAAGACAUGGACUUUGUGCUCUUUACGGCCAGUGUGAUGAGUGUCAUGACCCAUUACUUCUGGUUUAUUGUUAAUUACCAUUAUACAAGACAUUUGCUAUUAACUUUUUUUUUUCCAGUAAAAAGAAGUAAACACAUCUUUGGAUGUUCUCUAUUAAAUCGUCCUGAUGAUCCUUCAUCCUCCCUGCUGCUUAUCCUGCAUAGGGUUGCGUGGGGCCUGGAGUCUCUGUCAGGCACCUCAAGGCAAGGGACACCCAGGAUAGGGCGUGAAAAAUAUGUCCACAGGUGCACACACACUUACACACCCGAUCA